AUGGCUUCUCGAGAUCGCGCAGCAGACAGCCAAGUUAUCACCUUCGACUUUAAUGAAAGCGGCAGGGCAGCUAUUUCGAGCGCAUCAUCUUCCCGUCCCAAUACUUCAGGAGGAAGAUUCAAGAAAUCCAAGCUCAGCGAAUUCCGUCAGUGUCUGGAGAAAGAGGAGCUGCCUUUGCUGAUCGUUACGUGUCGUGGAGUGCGUCGUGUAACGUGGACAGCCAACUUGGAGCAGCUCGACUUCGCUCACCUUCUCCCAAUCUGCCUUAGUGGCUUGCAAGAGACGCUGGAGCCGUAUCCGUCGUUUGCGUUCGAUGCUGCAAUGGGAUUAUUGGAGAGCGGUCGACGUGGCACCCGCGUGUUAAAGGCAUUGCCACAGGUGGUCCAGCAGCUCAAGAGCGCCCUGAACACACGCGAGAAAGCUGUGGCGCACCGUGUUCUGCUGGUUUUGCAGCAGUUGGCGGUGUGUGAGGAUGUCGGAUCUGAACUGGCGGAUUACUAUCGAUCGCUUCUACCGUUGUGCAACAUUUUGCAAGAUAAACAUCUCGGCACUGGUGAUAGCGCCACCAAGGAGCUCGUGACUGAAGCACUGGAGACGCUAGAGGCAUACGGCAGGGACGACGCCCACUUGAUGAUCCAGCAGUACGUUCCUGCUUUCCAGAGCUGCUGCGGUGCGUAA